AUGUCGAAAGCAUCAACAGCUGAAGGAACGGGGUCAGAAUGGCUCACCAAUUUCCUGAUGGGCGGUGUGGCAGCAAGUAUAUCCAAGACUGUUGGAGCGCCGAUUGAACGAGUAAAGCUAUUGGUCCAGAUUCGUCCUCAAGAGUACAAGGGUAUCAUCACGACGUUUGGAAAGGUCUAUUCUGAAGAAGGGCUCGCAUCAUUCUGGCGGGGCAAUGGAACCAAUGUAUUGCGGUACUUCCCCACUCAAGCCUUGAACUUUGCCUUCAAGGACUACUAUAAGACAUUCUUCGGCCGGAAAAGGUCUGACGGAUAUGUCCCAUUCCUUCUCGGCAACAUUGCCUCUGGAGCAGCAGCGGGAGCCACAGGCAGUCUCUUCGUCUAUUCGCUGGACUACGCUAGGACUCGCCUUUCGGUGGACUCGAAAAACGCGUCGUCCGGGGGCAAGAGACAGUUCGAUGGCUUAAUCGAUGUCUACAAGAAGACAUUGAAGACAGACGGUGUUGCCGGAUUGUAUCGAGGUUUCAAUUCGUCCGUCAUGGGUAUCAUCGUGUACAGAGGAGGAUACUUCGGGCUGUACGACUCGAUCAAGCCCCUCGUGCCCGCAGGCUAUCAGAACCCUGCCGUAAACUUCUGCAUUGGAUAUGGUGUCACUACUCUAGCUGGCUUAGCUGCGUAUCCGUUUGACACAAUUCGGAGGAGAAUGAUGAUGACUUCCGCGGCGGAAGGAGUCAAUACUGUCAAAUACAAGAACACUCUGGACGCCUUCCGCAAAGUCAUCGCUGCAGAGGGUGCUAGCAGCAUGUUCCGCGGCGCAGGGGCCAAUAUCCUACGUGGCUUUGCCGGGGCCGGUGCUUUGACGCUUUACGAUGUAUUCCAGCAAUUGAUGUUCGGCAAGGUAUACCAAGCAGGAUCAGGCUGA